AUGUCGGCUCCGCCGAGCUACAAAAACCUCGCCAACGUGGUGAAGGACUACUUGACGAAGGGUAGCGAUGUGUGUGGAUGGCAGCUGGACGCGAAUGAGAACGAUGCGUCUAAGGGUUUCAACGCGUUCCCCUUCGCCAGCUCCAAGGCCAUCGGCGCUCACCUCUCCUACGAAUGCCCGAGCUACCACACGACGCUCAAGUCGAAGGUGUCCGCCGCUUUCACGUCUUGGCGGGAGUACCUCCCUACUAUCAUCUAUCACACCAAAAUCAACAACACGUUGAGCGACGUUGAGGUGGACGCUGCCGCCGCCUCUGUGAAGGUGACAGCCAAGCAUUCCGUGUUCAACGCCAGCUGCAAGUCGUCGCCGCUCGACGGUUUUGUGACGGAUGCAAACGUGACGACGUGUGUGUCCCAUCAGGUUUACGCUGGCGCGUCGCUGCAGUACGAUCCCAAGCGAAGCGGGGUGCGCGACUUCACGGCCAUCAUUGUUCGCUACGCGUGCCCACACAUCGGCAAAGGUGAUCUGCUUGGUCAGUACAGUCUGUGGAACGGCGUAUCGGUGCACCUUCGCAUCCCUCUUCACACUUGCAUGGAUGCUGCCAUCAUGGCAGAGCGCAGAUGCUUUAUCGCCGGCGUGCAAGCCCGCUCGCCGUGCGGUGCUCGCCUCAUGUUCAACACAAAUGUGUCAGACGGCACAUACACCAUGACAGCUAUCCGAAACAUGAACGACAUCUGGAAGCUCACGCUGACGAUGACCGCUCCGCUCGCCUCCGGGGAGGGUGCUGCCGCGCCGCGCUUCGGUCUGAAGCUCACCAACAUGGACGCCAGUGAUUAA